AUGUUCAUCCUCUGUAAUGCUCUCCUCGUUUUCCUCGCAAAUUACUCUGGUCUCUUCAAAUCUCUGUCUUCUUCCCCAAAGAACUUCGACCCCAAUUUCCGAAUCUUUGACUUCGGCCUCGACAUCCUUCCGAAACCACCAUUGAUUCACUCUGAAGCUGCUGAAGAAAAGAAAGAUGACCCACAAGAAAACAGACCAAAUUUGCAAGAAGAAGAACAAGAAGAACAAGAAACACAAAUGUUAGGGGAGAUGUUUUUUGGAGGUGAAACAGGGGAAGUUGAGGAGAUCAUAGAAGAAGAAGAAGAAGGGAAUUGUGGAGUGUUGAGUGAUGAAGAAUUGAAUAGAAAGUUUGAUGAAUUCAUCAAAAGAAUGAAGGAAGAAAUCAUUCUAGAUGAUGCUCCAAGAACUCUCGUUGUAGUUUGA